CCUGCGUGUUAGAGAGAGGUAGAAACAAGAGGAGCUGGCCAGGAACAAUAGUAGAACAAAUCCAGUGUUGCUUGCAAGAUCUCUGCCUCUCAGCUGACUGCGACUGAAGACCGAGAUGGACUGAGACGGUGAGGGAUGGAGUGGCCCGACUCUCCUGCCACUUGCCUUCCCUAUGUCACCCUGACCUUCAAUCUUCAUUCCUCCAGCAGGAACAAAGACAGAGUCUGUCCUGUGUGAGACUCCUCUGAACCCUGUCAUAAAGCAUCAGAAAGGCUGCAGUCAAGAACUGUGACAUAUUGGCCACCGCCUGCAGUGCCAGGAGCCUCCGGGUGUCCCAGUCAUGAAACCAUCCAUCUCCACCGGCCCUCCUUCUGGACUCCUGCUGGUCCUGAUGUGUUGUCCUCUGCUGGGCUUCGUCCAAUCCGCCAGCAGCAGCAGCAGCAACAAGGCUGGUGAUAAGGGACAUCAGCAGCUGGUCGACACCGACCCAGAUCGCUGCAUGAGGCACCACUUUGUGGAGACCAUCACGCAUCCCAUUUACAAAUGCAACUCUAAGAUGGUGUUGCUGGCGCGCUGCGAGGGCCACUGCAGCCACACCACCCGCUCAGACCCGCUCAUCUCCUUCAGCUCUGUGCUCAAGCAGCCCUUCAAGAGCUUCUGCUCCUGCUGCCGACCACACACCUCCAAGCUGAAGGCGGUGAGGCUGCGCUGCGCCGGCGGGACUCGCAUUACGGCCACCUACAGAUACAUCCUCGCCUGCAACUGUGAGGAGUGCAGCUGAGUAGGCGGCAGUUCCCUGCAAGACCCCAACCCCCCCAAAGGCUCUCGUUUUUCUUGGCCUCGGACCUCGUUCUGAAACUGUUCGGAAUGCUCCGUUGAUUUUUGGACAUGGAGUUAUGCUCCAAAAAUCCUGGAUGCUAACAGUUUGGAGGA